UGAAUAACCCUAUACCUUCCAACCUGAAGUCAGAAGCUAAAAAGGCAGCUAAAAUAUUACGAGAAUUUACAGAAAUAACUUCCAGAAAUGGACCUGAUAAAAUCAUACCUCCUCAUGUAAUAGCUAAAGCCAAAGGCCUUGCAGUUUUGUCCGUUAUCAAAGCUGGAUUUUUGGUGACUGCUCGAGGCGGAAGUGGAAUUGUAUUAGCUCGUCUUUCUAAUGGAACCUGGUCUGCUCCUUCUGCAAUAGGAAUUGCUGGCCUUGGUGGUGGAUUUGAAAUUGGAAUUGAGGUUUCAGACUUAGUGAUUAUAUUGAAUCAUGAAAGAGCAGUAGAAGCUUUUGCCAAAGGAGGAAAUCUUACACUUGGAGGAAAUCUUACUGUGGCAAUUGGACCUCUGGGGAGAAACUUAGAAGGGGAUGUUGCCCUGAGAAGCUCUGCUGCUGUCUAUACAUACUGCAAAUCUCGAGGACUGUUUGCAGGUGUAUCUCUGGAAGGAACCUGUUUAAUUGAAAGGAAAGAAACAAAUCGCAAGUUUUAUGGGCAGGAUAUUCGUGCUAGUGCCAUCUUGCUUGGUGAUGUGCCUUUUCCUGCUCAAGCAGAAGAUCUUUAUGAAACUCUAGCAUCCUUCACUGAAGUAUAUGAAAAUGAAGAGCAAAAAAAUAAUCCAGGAAAAGCUGUAAAUGACCCACCUGCUAGACCAUCAUCAAGACCAGAGCCACCUAAACCCACUGUUAGACCAACACCACCAGCUAAAAAGAAUACAAACAAACUUUAUCCUGAGCUUCCAAAUGAUUAUGCCUCUGUGGGUAACUCUUGGAGUAAUCCAGUAGAAGUGACAGCACUUUAUUCAUUUGAAGGACAACAACCAGGUGAUUUGACUUUCAAAGCUGGAGACAAAAUUACAGUCACAACCAAAACAGAUUCCCAGUUUGAUUGGUGGGAAGGAAGAAUAGGAGGACAAACUGGCAUCUUUCCAGCCAAUUAUGUUGCCAUAAGUAACAACUAA